AUGGAGUUUAGCGAAGAAAGUGAUGCCUCUAUUAUAGAACUUGAUCUUUUGCCUACUGCUGACCACAAAGAUCAAGUAUAUUGUAAAUGUUCUUCGUGUGCUGAAAAAGGUUAUGGCGGCAAUUGG